CAAGGCGAAAAAGCUUUGAGCGAACAAUUCUAAAACCUUAGCCUGGCCUGGCCUGGCCCCAAUUGGUUUGCGCAUGGAAGAGGACUUUGAUCUUCGAAUAAAUUGGUAAAAAGUCUUAAAACGCGACUGGUGUCGAGUUUUAUAUCGACAAGCAGAUGCGGCUCGGUGCCAUCAGAAAUUUUUCACCUUCACGUCUUUCCUCGACUUUUACUACACCUCUCACUCGCCAACCACUUUCGGCCAGGCUCUGGUUGUUGCGGGCCCAUUCAACCAUGGCUACCGGCCAAACAACAAUAGAUGUCGGCGCCACGCCCAUGGCCCCUCAGGCCAGUGGCCAAAAGCAACAUGGCAAACGGCCGUUCCAAGGACCCCAGCGCAAGGGGGCAAAGCACAGGAGGAAGCAGAAGACGGUUCAGGAGGGGUCGCACGAGGAGGUGCUGCUGGCCGACGUGCAGGCACUGUUGGCCUCGCAGAAGCUUGCGGGCGACUUCGAGGGCGAUGCUGCCGAAGGGGCAUCGGCACCGCUGCCGGAGCCGGGCAGCGAGAUCGAGGUUGAGGUGGUCGAGCUGUCAUCCACGGGCGACGGGCUGGCGAAGCAGAAGGGGUCCGACCACAUAUACGUCGUCCCCUUCGCCGUCCCCGGAGACACGGUCAAGGUCAAGGUGUACCGCCACAACCGUGACGAGGGGUACACCGCCGCCGACUUCGUCUCGGUCGUCAAGCCCUCCCCUCUGCGCGACGACAGCCGGAUCCGGUGCCCGUACUUUGCAAAGUGCUCCGGGUGCCAGUUUCAGAUGCUCGACUACGACGAGCAGCUCAAGAUCAAGAAGAACAUCGUCGUCAAGGCGUACCGCAACUUCUCACAGCUGCCGCCCGAGCUGGUGCCCGAGGUCCUCGACACCAUCGGCAGCCCGCUGCAGUACGGGUACCGCACCAAGCUCACGCCUCACUUUGACGGGCCCCCCGGCAACUCCCGAAGGGGGCCCAAGAAGGCCCAUCAGUCGAUGCCGCCGUUCGGCUUCACGCCCAAGAACACGCGGAAGGUCCUAGACGUCGAGGACUGCCCGAUCGCCACCGAGGCGGUGCGCAAGGGCCUGGUCGAGGAGCGCGCCCGCCUGGCAAAGGAGUACGGCAACUACACCAAGGGCGCGACCGUCCUCCUUCGCGAGAACACCAAGCGCGUUCCCAAGGCCAGCCCCUCCGACACCCCGGCGGUGCCGGAAGGCAUCCCCCCCACCGCGGUCCGCGUCGAGACGGACGCGCACGUCGACUUCAAGACGUGCAUCACCGACCAGAACGCCACCUCGACCGAGUACAUCGACUCGUUCGUCUUCACCAACCCAGCCGGCGCCUUCUUCCAGAACAACAACUCCAUCCUGCCCCCCUUCACCUCCUACAUCCGCGAGCACAUCCUCCCUCCUCCUCCUCCUCCUCCUCCUCCCGCCGCCACCACCACGACCACCACCACCACCACAACAACAUCCUCCUCUACCACCACGACGAGCAAGAAAAAACCGAUCCGCUACCUGAUCGACGCCUACUCGGGCUCGGGCCUCUUCACCAUCACGCAGUCGGCCCUCUUCCCGGGCGGGAGCGUGGGGAUCGACAUCGCGGACAAGUCGAUCGCGUACGCGCGGCGCAACGCGGCGCUCAACGGCCUGCGCGAGGACCAGUGCCGCUUCAUCGCCGCCGACGCGCCCGAGCUCUUCAAAAGCGUCGGCGCCUACGACCCGGACGAGACCGUCGUCGUGCUCGACCCGCCCCGCAAGGGCUGCGACGCCGGCUUCCUCCGCCAGCUGCUCCGCUUCGCGCCCCGGCGCGUCGUCUACGUCAGCUGCAACGUGCACACCCAGGCCAGGGACGUCGGCAUGCUCGUCAGGGGGGCGGUCGACGAGGCCGGCGGCAAUGUGCCCGGAGGAGGUGGUCGUGAUGCUGCUGCUGCUGCUGCUGCUGCCGCCGAGGGAGGCGGCCAGGAAAAGAAGGCGGGAGCGAGGUAUGAGAUUGAGAGCAUCAGGGGUUUCGAUUUCUUCCCGCAGACGGGACACGUCGAAAGCGUGGCUAUACUGAAUCGGGUUGAUGCUGUAGACAGCUAGGCUUGGAGGUUGUUCGACUAUUUGUAUAUCUACGAGAAAACUAUACUUCCCAAGGGGACCACUGCGUAUUGAGAACGCGAGUGGUAGCGGGUCGUUCCCGCUAAAAGAAAUAUCCCCAAAAGAUAUGCCGUUGUAACGCCCGCUAUCCAUACUGACUUUGAGGGAAGAGGGGGUAUCCAUGCUCUAUAUCCGAAAGAACGAACGAGAGGAAAGAAGAGAGCCGGGGG